AAAUGGAUACAGAUGCUCAUGCGAUAACAGUAGAUGUACUUAUCGAAAACAAUCCAGAUAUCAAAGAAAUACUAAAACUGGAUCCUUCUGCUGGUAAAUCUGAAGAGAAUGCUGACAAUCCAUCUCCGUCCCCCUGUGGCUCCCCGAGGCACGAGGGCGGCGACGGGGACCCGCCUCACAGCACCCACAGCUUCAAGAAACCCUGGACCCCUAAGAAGAAAACUGAAACAGUAACAACACCAGAUUUGAAUGUUGAUCCACAUCUUAUUCAUGGUGCCUCUGCAGUUGCAGGAUCUGCCACCAAUACUGCAACAGAAAAUUGUAGAAUAUUUUUAACAGGUUCAGUAGAGAAAAUUCACACUAUUCCUUUAAAUAAAAGUGCCAAGGUGAAUUUGAUAAGUGAUGAUCAAUCUGCCGGCCUUUAUAAAAUAAAUAAGAAGUAUUUGAGUAAGCGGCUGUGCACCGGGAAGCUUCCUCAAGCAUUUGAAUCAGUUUAUGAAAAGUUCUUUAUGAAUAAACACUGUGAAGAUUUAUGCAAAGAAGAAAGAAAAACAAAAUUAUUGAGAGACUUCCUCCCUGAGCUGCCAGACCACCAUUUUAAGAAGCUGGAAAUGUAUUGCAGCCCAGAAAACCUAUUAAAAGGCACGGAAAUAACAUUUGCAAGUUCAUACCCCUUCGCCACAUUCUCAGCUCAAUCACAAGUGAAGGAAUACCUCAUGUCCAGUGUGGACAAGGUGAAGGACCAGGACCAACCGUUCACCUUCAUAAAGAGCAAGCUCCGGAGAGCCGAGAACACACCAUCCUGUUACUUCAAGAGGCUGAAGUACAGGGGGCUGAGGUUCUCUCCACUGAGUGAGAAAGAAGCAAGUCAGUCAAGUUCACAAGACAAAGAAAAGGAGUCAGCUGCAUCAAGCUCAAGCUCUCAAGAGAAAGACACAAGUACUGCACAAGCAGAUGACGCUGAACUGAUUCCCGGCAAGGACUCGCUGUACAGGAUCCGUCUGUACCGACCCUUCCCCUACAGCCCUAGGGAGAGAUUGAGGUCCUUCCAGAGCGGCGCCCGCCACCCCGUGCUGGCGCAGGACGUGGUGCUGUCGGGGCGGCACACGCUGCAAGACUUCAGAGACUUCAUCAAGUGUCCCAACGACGUGGGGUUGAGGGUGGACGUGUCCGACCAUCCGGAUAUCAGCAAUGUGUCUAGUUGUAAGGAGCUAUUCCCCUCCGGCUACAUCCUAGUCUCCAACACAAUCUACAACGACUGUCGUCCGGGUUGCAGCGACCUGAGCGCCGGCGUGCGCGAGUGGGGGCGGCGCCGCGGGCUCCAGGUGUUCCACAGGGGGGACAUGGGGGAGGCACGGCUGGACACGUUGGAGGUCGUGUUGGGGUAUCCUGAGGUAUAUGUCCACCAAGGCAACUGCGAGCACCUAUUCGCGUUCUCAGAGGUCCGUCUAGUGAGCACCGACGACCCCUUGUCGCUCUCAGCCUACCCUUGUUCCACGAUGUGCACAACCCUACAAGCCGUAUACUGCACUACCUGCGCAGAGUUCUCCGCUAAAUGGAUCGUCACUGAGUGUGAAAGGGUUCCAUUUGAUCCGGCGUUCUUCUGUGACUCGUGUCUAAAGAUGUAUUUGUACGUGGAUGGUGUUAAAGUGGGACAUUUUAAAGCGUACCCGUUUACGAAUAGUGAUUGAUUUGUUGGUGUUUGGUGGUGAGGUGGUAUUUUGGGCUGUGAUCUGUUUACGGUAUAUUUAGGACUUAAUUUAAACAACUUGUCAUACAAGGAUUGUGAGUUCAUUGUCUAGAUGGGUUGUAUAUUUCACCCAUUUUCGUUACAUUAUGUACUGUUAUUAUUUUGUAAGUUUUAAGCGCUAAUGAAUAAACAACAUGGAAAUACA